UCGCAAUUCAUCCUGCCUGCUCCACUGAAAAAAAACAAACUGCCCAAUCGAGACACUUGAUGGCCUCUCUCUGUGACUCUCACCAGUCAACAUCACACCCCAAAAAUACCAAGCCACCAUGUCCGACAACGACUCGAUAUCAGUCCGUAUCUCGGACGAUUGCCCUCCCGAGAUCCAGCGCAUGCUCACGGCCGCCUGGGCCCACGAUGUCGACACAGUCAAGAAGCUGAUCGACACGCCCGAAGUCGCCAGAGGCCAGGACCCCAAGACGGGCGAGUCGCCCCUGCACGCUGCCAUCCGCUCAUGCGGUGCUCCUUCCGAGGACGACACGCCCGAGGACCUCGAAAAGGCCAAGGCCACCGUGUCUGAGCUGCUCAUGUGGGGUGCCAUCUGGAACGAUGUCGACAACAACAACGAGACUCCCGGCUGUGUGGCUGCCCGUCUCAACCGGCCUGAGCUGUACGAGCUCUGCGUCAAUGCUGGUGUGAGGGCCGAGAUGCUGUUUGGUCUGAUGGAUGGCUAUGAGGCUUUGGACAGUGAUGAUGAGGAGAUGGCCGAGGGUGAGGAGGCACAGGCUGAGGAUGGCGAGGAGGCUCCCGAGCUGGUCGCCGCCGAAGAGGCAACUCAAACUGCUGAGGAAGAGACGCCCGCUGUCUUCCAGCCCCCUGCAGUCAACCUCGAGGAGCAAGUCACCAGCGACAAGUAUCUGCGCUCUACUGUCGCCUACUCGGACGGUAAGCUGGUCGACGACGCCGGCAACGGUGUCAUGAUGGCCUGGGAAACCGACAUUAUGCGUCGCAGUGUUGACGCCCUGCUCCCCAACAAGGAGCCCGGCAAGAGGAUCCUCAACAUCGGCUUCGGCAUGGGUAUUAUUGACGGCAUGUUCGCCGAGACCAAGCCCGCCGUCCAUCACAUCAUCGAGGCCCAUCCCGAAGUCCUCGAGUACAUCUCCACCCCCGAGUCCAAGUUCGAUUCCACCUGGGAAGAGAGCGGUCCGGCUCCCGGUGCCUACAGAGUCUGGGAGGGCAAGUGGCAGCAGAUUGGACUGCAGCUCCUGGAAGAGGGCCAUGUCUACGAUGCCAUCUACUUUGACACCUUCGGCGAGGACUACGGCCAGCUGCGCAUGUUCUUCACCGAGUACAUACCUGGUCUGCUGGACUCCAACGGCAUCUUUGGUUUCUUCAAUGGACUGGGAGCCGAUCGCCAAAUUUGCUACGAUGUCUACACCAAGGUUGCCGAGAUGCACCUGGCUGACGCCGGUCUGGACGUGGAGUGGAAGGAGAUUCCCGUGGACAUGAAGGAGCUGGCUGAGGCCGACAAGGACGGCUGGGAGGGUGUGAAGAGGAGGUACUGGACUCUUGAUACAUACCGCUUGCCUGUGUGCACGUUCCUCGGAUAACCUUCUUGUUUCUUUUCUCUUUUCGAAAUAUCAAAAGCCGCGAUACCCAUUCUCUACCGUUGAAUCUUU